CGCAAAUGGACUUAGAAGGUUUGAGAGAGUUACAAGACUGCGCAAACUACCUCCUCGAUCACUGUCCAGAAGCAAGAGAGUCUCUGUGUCAACAAGGGAAAGAGAAAUGGAUCGAGCAAGUCUCUGAAGCUUCAGUAACAAUGCUAGACGUCUGCAACGUGUCGAAAGAUGUCAUGACACUCGUGAGACAUAGCCUGAAAGAGCUUCAACUGACUCUACGCUGCAACGAAUCAAACAUGCACGUGAAGAUCGCAGCGUAUAACAGGCACAGGAACAAGCUCAAGAAGGAGACACUCAAGUGCUUGAACACUCUAAAGAGUAUUCAAGGAGGAGGAAGAGGGACGAUGGUGAUGCAGAUGAUUGAGCAGAACCUUCUGUUCGUUGCAGAGGUUUUGAAAGAAGUGAGGAGAGCUAUUGUGAGUAUGGUUGAGUCUCUGUUCUCGCUUGUGUGCAUUCCUUGGCUCGAGAGAAAACAGAGGAGAAGGUCAAUAAUGUCUUCAAUGUUUACGAUGCGGUUUUGCUGUUGGGAUGAUGUGUGGGAUGAAGUAGCGGUGCAGAGUGCGAGUACAAGGUUGGAGGCUGCACAGAUCGCUGUUGAGGAGCUUGAGAUUGAAUUGGGGUGUAUUUUCCGGCGACUGAUACAGACCAGAGUUUCACUUCUUAAUAUUAUUACAGCUAAGAUGUCUCCUGUUUGAUUCCACUUGGCAAACAAAAACUAUAAAUGCCUGUAAAAAUUAGAAUAAUUAGAAAUACAUAGACAUUUUCAUCUUAUAAAGUUGUGAACAUAAAUCAAUUCAG